UAAAGGUACCCCACGCGCGACCGGACGAUGGAGAACUUCAACGCAGUACCGCUACCUCCCGCGAGCCCUCCCCGGGAGGGCGCCUCGAGCUCGGACUCGGAGAUUCAGACUCGACAUAUAUAUUAUUAUAUAUAUUAUAUAUACUAUUAUAUCUAUAUAAUAUAUGUAUUUAUAUCUAUAAAUAUAUGUAUAAAUAUAUCUAUUUAAAAAAAUAAAGUUGACCUUCAUAUAUCGCCAAUAAUAUCGCGUGCGUAAAAAAAAACUAAUUACAUUUAAUUCUUUUUUUACAUUUAUUUAUUUUUUAUUAUUAUUUUUUUCACAACUAAUUACAUUUAAUUAUUACAUUUACAUACAUUUAACUAUUAUUACAUACAUUUACAUACAUUUAAUUAUUAUUUUUUUCAUAAUUAUAUCUCGUUUGAAAUAUUUUUCGACAUAAUUAAUUGUUUCAAAAACAUAUAUUCCAGCCUUCUAAAUGAUUUAUUUUGCGUAUUAUACGAAUUAUUCCAUUUAUAAAUAAAUUGUUCUCUCUACACACAAACACGCACACAGUCUGUUAAUUACACGAGUUAAUUGUAACAUUUUUCUCGAUAAGUUGACAGAGCAAGGAAAAUGAGCGACGAACAUACCUACAAACUAAUCUACUUCAAUGCCCGUGGUCGUGCCGAACAUAUACGGUACAUAUUUGCAUAUACUGGCAUCGAGUAUACCGACGAGAGGAUCCCCGAAGAACUCUGGCCUGAAUACAAGGAUUCAAUGCCUUAUAAAAAGCUGCCUGUGCUGGAGAUAGACGGGAAACCGGUAGCGCAGAGUAACGCUGUGGCGCGAUACUUGGCGAGGAAGUACGAUCUAAUGGGAAAGGACGAAUGGGAUGCGAUGAUAUGCGACGAGCUCGUCGAUACUCUUGGAGAUUUGAAGCAAGGUGAGUAUAUCUGCUACUAUCGCAUGGAGGAGAAUCCUGAAAAGAAGGAAGCGAGGAAGAAUCAACUUUUGAACGAAACAAUACCAUUUUACUUGACUAAAUUCGACCAGAUUAUUGGCAAAAAUAAAGGAUAUAUCAUUCCUUCUACCGUACAAAAUAAAUGUAUACAAACCUUUUUUCAGACGACAUGGGCGGACUUCGUAUUUGCAGCGGCCCUUGAAAAUUACGAGUAUAUGUUUGGGGCACCAGCUUUGGAUAAAUAUCCAGCUCUUCGAGCAUUGAAGAAAAGGAUUCAUAGAAUACCGGCCAUUUCUGAUUGGCUGAUUAGGCGCCCAUUCACAAACAGCUAAAAAGCUAAAAACGUGUGGAAAAAAGAUGACCAGUACACCAGUAUAUAUAUAUGUACGCUGGCAUCGCUAUGUUGGUAAAUGUUCGAUGUUAUACGUGUCGUAAAAUGUAACAGUUCUA